AUGAGGCAGCUGCAAGAAGAUCUACAAAUAAUCCAACAUACAACCAAUAUGGCAGGAUACUUCGUCGGCAUGAUAAAUGAUCUGCUCAGAACUCUAGAAGAUCCCAUAUUUACGCAGAACAAAGAUAAAGACUGGAUAAAACCGAUCGUUGAAAGUUUGGUGAAUGACUGGGAAGGAGUGAAAGAAAACACAGAGCACUUACCAGAUUACUUCGAACAGUGCGAUAUAAUAGUUGAGGAAGCACUCUGGAACAACUGGCCGCCAGCGCGAGAAAUUGGAGAAGAGAAAGUAGCAGAAUAUCAUCAAAUCAAAGCAUAG